CGGGGAGGCAGUGCGACUUACCAUAGUGUGUUGAGGGUCAAUUGCGUGGCGGCGGCACCAUGUUGCGGAGUGGAGUCCUGGCGUUCGCAGCUUUUGUCCUGUUCACCGUCGCCCAAUGGCGUGACUGCCAGGCCGGCCACCUCGGCCUCCGCCAAUCACCGCUCCCCUCGGUCGAUGACGUCACGUGGUCCGUUCCGAAGACGAGCAAAGGCGGUUUGGCGGCGACACAGGGCGGCCGCCAGUCUCUCGAUCGGGUGCAGAAUCUCUUGGACAGGGCGAACGGGAAAUUCCUCCUAGGAGCCACUCAGGCGAAGGAUGUGAAGAAGAAUGUCGCCACGGGUGAUGGCGAGCGGAAGGGCGGCGCUGGGGAAGGGAGGAGCCGUGAAGGAAAUAAUGGCAUAAGCGAGGAUAAGGAUGAGCUGACGGAUGGCGUCACGGAGAGAACUAAUCGAGAUGACGUCACGGAAGCGCAUUAUCCAGAUAACGACGUCACGGAAGCGCAUUAUCCUGAUGAUGUCACAGAAGCGCAAAGCCUAGAUAACAUCACGGAAGCCUACAGCCCAGAUGAUGACGUCACGGAAGCCUACAACCCAGAUGAUGACGUCACGGAAGCCUAUAGCUCAGAUGAUGACGUCACGGAAGCAUAUAGCUCAGAUGAUGACGUCACGGAAGAAGGCUGGACGGAGGACGCCCUUCCUGGGGAGCACACAGAGAGCUCUGACCAAUCCGAUGACGUAACGGAUGAACUGGACCAAUCGGAAUUCUCUACAGCAAGCUUCAAUUCACCCGAGUUUACUACCAAAAUCUAUGACGUCAACACGGAUGGUUAUGACGUUAUGGAUGACGUCACCGAAAGCACUUAUCAGUACUACGACGUUACAGAAAGUCUGGACGUCACCACCUUAUCCGCUGAAGUAUCUUUGACUGAAAAUCCGACGAAGGAAAGAGAAAAUGUCGAUAAACAAGAUGAAGGGACAGAUGACGGCGAGGAGGAAGAAGAGAAAGAAAAAGAUACGGAAGAAAUGACGAUGAGGGAAAAGGAAGUGGAAAUAGAGAUGAAAGGGGACGAAGAAGACAGGGAAGGAGAAAGGGAAACAAAAGCGGCAGACGAAACAGAGGAACACGUGAAAGACCGACGGAGAGGGAAAGCCAAGAAGUGGUCGCCUCCGCGGUUUCAACUGAUAGACAACGAGAUGGAGGACGAAGACCUGACGACGAAGAAGAGGAAGAAGAGCCACCUGGACGAGGCGCUGAAGAAGAAGAUGCACGACUCCCACGGGUUCCUGGUGAGUCGGCCGGACGUCGAGAUGGAGGACGAGGUGGAGGAUUUGAAGAUCCUCGAGGCCGUGGUGACGAGCAUGGCGCAGUGGGAGUUCAAUCAGCUGCAGAAGAAGCUAAACGGGAAGCGACGUGUGAAGAGAGAUGAGGAGGUUGUGUGCUACAAGGACCUGGGCUGCUUCAGGGACGAGGGGCCUUUCGAUUACCUGGAUAUGCUUCCUUCGCCGCCUGAAGAGAUCAACACGAGAUUCCUCCUGUACACCCGCGAGCGCGCCGACAGAGAGAAGCUGAUCACGUACCAAAACAUCAGUUCCCUUCUCGACUCGACCUUCAACGUGUCAAGACCUACGAAGAUGCUUAUCCAUGGCUUUGGCUCCUCUUGCUACAGUGUGUGGAUAAGGGAAAUGAGGGUGGCGCUCCUUACAAUGAUGGACGUAAACAUCAUCUGCGUGAACUGGCAAAAGGGGGCGGAAGUCCCCAACUACGUGAGGGCGGCGAGCAACACGCGUCUUGUGGGUAGACAGGUGGCGGUGCUGAUCGAGACGAUGAACGCUUAUCUCAACACGACUUUGGACGACUUCCAUCUCAUUGGCUUCUCUCUCGGAGCCCAUGUCUCGGGUCACGCAGGAGCCAGGCUGAAGAAUCUCUCAAGGAUCUCAGGCCUCGACCCCGCCGGGCCUCUCUUCGAGUCGUACUCACCCUCCGUGCGCCUGGACUUCACUGACGCCAAGAUGGUCGACGUCAUCCACACCAACGCCGACUCCCUCUUGAUGGGGGGGCUGGGCGCGUUCGAACCCAUGGGCCACGUCGACUUUUACCCGAACGGCGGCCGCGUUCAGAAGGGCUGCGCUAACCUCUUCGUCGGGGGAGUGUCGGAUAUCCUGUGGCCCACCGAGGGCGACGGCCGGUACCUGUGCAACCACCGACGGGGCUACAAGUACUACCUCGACUCCAUUGCCCCGAUCUGCAAGUUCCCUUCGUUCGUGUGUCGGGAUUUCGAGAGUUUCGUGAGGGGCGAUUGCUUCCCGUGCGAAAAAUGCGGGAACAUGGGCUACUUCGCCGACCAGGCUGAGGGGCGUGGGCAGCUGUAUCUCGUCACAAGGGAUACCGAGCCAUUCUGCGCCAACCAGUACAAGGUGACCGUCCGGCACUCAGGGGGACCUCCAGCCGACCCCGUUACCACGUACGGGCGAAUUGACAUCACCUUCAUAGCCCCGGAUGGAAUCAACGAGACUCUGCAACUCACGAGAAGCGAAGACGAGGCAAUGGAGGCUGGGGGCAAGACAAUGCGCAUACUCGUGCCCCACCCUGCGAUCUCCGAAGUGACGGGCGUGCAGCUUCGAUACACCGCCUACAAGGGACAAGGGAUGGAUUUACUCCGGUUUCUCGCGCUGGGCCAUCGAUCAGAUCGUCCUCAUGGAUAGCUUCGGAAAGACCCUCUCGUUCUGUAACCGAGGGACAACCUUAGUGUCGGAGAAGGUGAUGCAGUUCAGCCUCCUGCCAGGGGAGUGUCCGGCGAGGGAGGUGCUCCACGGACCGCCCAUCACGCCCUGGCCCUUGGAAGACACCAGGCC